CAUCGAGUGACGGGUUGGUCGUUUUUUUGCUUGAUCCCUACUCGCUGGUUAUAUAACAAUCUUGAAACCUGAUCAGGUACUAUUUUUUAUUAUUUGGGCCGGCUAGUUCUAGAGUUGUGUUCUUAAAAGCGUCAGUUAUUCACUUCAGUAAAAACUUCUAAAAGAAUCUACUAAGAGUAAACACGAUGUCACUCAAACUUGCACAACGAUUAUUUGGAUCAGGAAAUUUGCUGGGCAAGAAUAUCUUUAGCCCUAAAACUCCAGCUCCUCAGUUGUUAUCGAGAAUUCAAGUAAAAUGUUUUUCUGCUAUUCCAACAGGUCUUGAUUGUCCAAGAGUUCAAGCCCCUGCUCCAGAUUUUCAUGGUAUUGCUGUCAUUAACAAUGAAUUCAAGGAUAUUAAAUUGGCUGAUUACACUGGAAAAUAUCUGUAUUUAUUUUUUUAUCCACUGGAUUUCACCUUCGUUUGUCCAACUGAAAUUAUAGCAUUCAGUGAUCGCAUAAAAGAAUUUGAGGAAAUCAAUACAUCUGUUGUAGGUGUAUCUUGUGAUUCACAUUUUAGCCAUUUGGCCUGGAUUAAUACACCAAGAAAGUCUGGAGGACUGGGUGAUCUGAAGUAUCCUUUGCUCUCUGAUUUUAAGAAAUCAAUUGCUAAGUCUUACAAUGUCUUGAUAGAUUCUGAUGGAGUUGCCCUCAGAGGUUCAUUCAUUAUCGACCCAGUUGGGAUCGUACGGCAGAUAACUGUUAACGAUUUACCUGUUGGAAGGUCAGUUGAUGAGGUGCUGCGUCUUAUCAAGGCAUUUCAGUUUGUUGACAAGCAUGGUGAAGUUUGUCCUGCGAAUUGGAAUCCAGAUAAACCAACCAUUAAACCUAAUCCCAAAGGCUCGCAAGAAUAUUUUAACAAAGUUAAUUAGUGUUUAUAUUGCUUCAUUUUAAAUCCACGAGUCUUUGAAUGUUAUUGUGAUAGUGACCGUAAUAUCAAGGGAAUGGAUGUUUGGAAGCGUACAGUUUAUUUUUAUUUUUAUUAUUUUUUAUAUUUUUCAUAGGCAUACAAAAAUUAACAAGUGCAAUUGGAAUAGAGAAGAUGGAAUGAAUAUGAUCUUUAAAAAAAUGAAUUUCAGUGAGAAUGUGUAUAUAUGGAUGUUAAAAAAUAUUUGAUUGGAAAAAUAUUUAAUUAUAAGUUUAAAGAUUAUUUAAACAUCUAUUUAAUUGUUUAAUUUAAAACAAAUUCUAUUGUAAUAUCUAAGAUUCAUUAAACUUAUAUUAAAUGUU